AAUGGAUCUGUCUCUCGUGACAAAAUAAUAAAGGCAACAUUUUAAAGCGCGCCCACUAUUUUCCUUUUUCCCUUAAAAUUCAAUUUUCAAUUUCAAAUUUUCCUCUCUCUUCAACACUUCACUCGCUCUUAAACAGAGAUCCCAAAAACCCUAAUUCACCAAAAUUCAACUUUUUCUCUUUCCCUCUUUUCCCAAUUUCAUCUCAAACACCAUCUUGUAUGGACGAAGAAUGCAAUUCAUCUCAGCAAUCGAUUUUGACUGUCCAAUCUGCUCCAAAGAUUAUGAAUGAGAAACGAGUUAAUACCCACUUGGGUGAUAAGCAUGAGCCCUCUCGAAAACGUGUCAAAAUGAGAGAUCUUGAAUCACUGGUUCACUCUACAGAAAAGGCAAUUGGGAAAGAAAACAUUGUCCAAUCGUCGUGUGGUGAUAAUGAGAUGUCACAAAUCACAAAGGUGCCAUUGACAGUGGACAUGAAUGUUUCAAAAGAAGAGCAAGAUGGAAGGAACACAUCGGGUAGCCCCAGGAUUUUGGAUCUAAACACUGAAGUUUGUGGUACCAGACAAAGUGGUGGAUUUGGUGAAAAACUCGGUAAUGAUAAGGAAUCUUUCUCUGAGAUGAAGGAGAGAGAAGACCAAGGCGGUGAUGCUGUGAACACGAAAGGAAUUAAUGUGGAUCUCAACGCAGAAGAUGAUACUAGCUCUGUGAAUGUGGAACCAGCGAGUUUUCAGAGAGAACAUGGUCAUUUCCAGUCAAAGGAUGUGUCCGAGAGUGGGAGUAGUGCUGGACCUCCAAAGGAGAAAGAUUCAAUGAGAAUAUGGAUGGAGAUGAAGCGUAACGGUUUUAUUUCAUCCGUUCAUGGAGGCAUUCCGGUGCCGAAGAAACGCGGGAGGAAAAGUAAGACUGAGAUUCUUGAGCAAAAAAUGGAGCUUGCAAAGAGAGAACAAAUCAACAGGUUUACAAAGAUUGCAGCUCCAAGUGGACUACUGAAUGAUUUAAACCCUGGGAUUAUUAAUCAUGUAAGAAAUAAAAAACAGGUCCAUUCAAUUAUUGAGGCUCUUGUAACUGAAAAACAUGAAAAUAGGAGCAAGCGAGAAGCACAUCGAAUGAGUGGAGGUAUAGACUUCAACAAGAGAGACCUAGAAUGUGUGAAAGAUCCGAGCAAGCAUCAGCCUACUUUUUCUCAUGAAGAAGGGACCUUUUAUGGCUCUACAGUUGGUAGACAAGCACGAAAGAGUCACGCAACAAAGAACGAUUCCUCAUGGAUAUUGGAGGAUAAAGGUUGUGACCGUGACGCAUACAGUGUAGAGAAAGCUGGCCUUAAAAAUUGUGUAUCAAAUGCAAGUCAUGUCACGGAAGACAACGCUUUAUCGCUGAAAUUGUCAUCUUCAAUGAAGGCAUCAAUGAGUUCCACCAGUUUGUCGAAUGAAGAAUCAUCAGUUUCAUCGCUUUCUCUUAAAGCUGCUACUGUUGCUUCUCAAUGGUUGGAGCUUCUACAUCAAGAUAUCAAAGGGCGUCUUGCGACUUUGCGUCGCAGUAGGCGGAGAGUUCGAUCAGUAAUCACUACUGAGUUGCCUUUCCAAAUGUCGAAGGAGUUUGGAGAUAACCCAAAUUUCGAUCCUUGUGGUAUGAAAUUUCCUGAAGGACUUUCAACCAGCAAAAUAGCAGAAUUGCAUCAGGCAAGAUGGACUGCUUUGUUUGAUCAUAUGGAUGAAGCACUUUCAGAAGAGGAAAAACAACUUGAAAGUUGGUUGAAUCAAAUAAAAGAAAAGCAAUUGCUCUGUGAUCAGGGCCUACAACAUGUAAAUUGGAGCAAGGCUUAUGGUUUACAACAGUUGGGGAGUUCGGAAAAUCAUUCCAGACCAUCACAAUUAGACAACUCGGAGAAAGAGUUAGCCGUUAAUGCAGCAGCAGCUUCCAUAUACUCAACAUGCAAUUUUCUACUGUCAGAGUUAAGUUGCAUCUGACAUUGAAUCAUACAGUGUUGCCAAUUGCUUAUCGCGGAAAAUAACAGUUUGUUCAAAUUGUACUAUGCUGUACUACUAUAGCACUGCUAUGUCCAUUACUUGGAAACACUUUGUACUAAAUAGCAUAUUGCGGAACAAUAACGAUUUGUUCAGAUUCCGCUACGCUAUAGCGCUAUAAUGUUGCUAUAGCUGCUAUUUCAUCACACUAGUCAUACACUUGUCUAUUAUGUUGGUUGUCUAUUUUUCCCCGCUCUCCUCGAUGAGUAGAGAUUACUUUAGCAAUUGCCAUUGGCAUGUAGAAAAACUGUAGUUUAGGUUGGCAUAUGGGCAAGAUUUUAUACUUGUUGUGAUUGUAACCCUAGCUGUUGGAUAUUGUAUUUGCCAGUUUUUUUUUUUUGCUGAACUUUUCUAUAGAAGAUGUAUGUCUACAUUUUCUACAGAAAAUUAAUCAAUAAUCAUUACAAAAAAACCAAUAUCAUUGGAUUCUUUCUUAUUGUGUAAUAUUUUUACACUUCUACA